UGAGACCCAGGUGACAUCUAACGUUACACGCUCCGCCCAGCUGGAAGCGAGAGGACGAUGUCGGAAUGCCUCGGGAAGUCAGUCUGGACGGUACCGUGUGGUUGUUGCCUGCCGUGGUUAGUUUCUUUAUAAGACUACAUAUUGUUUUGUAUGAGGAUUUCACAUCACGGACAUGGCCGGGUUUUGUUUACGUUGUCCCGUCGCUUCACGGACCGUCUUUUCCCGUCGGUAAUGCUCGGUGUUAUCAGUUGGUCGGCGUUAACACGGUGACAGUUAUUAACUAACGGCUCCGUGGUACAGUAGUUUCGGGCUAUUUUUAACGUUAAAGUGGAAGUACUAUGGGCUAGGCAUCACUUCAUGAAUUAAUGUUAACGUUCAAAGUCUGUUUUAAACGGAAAGUGAAAGACUACGUUACCUCUACUUGGCCGCUCACUUUACAACAUGUUGUUAUUUACAAGACAACGAACAAGUGGGCUGUUUGCUGACCAAUCUUUGGGGCUGUAAAUAUGUUUUUAACGGUAUAAUUCAGUUGUGUGAUUCCAUGCUCCUACAUGCCCUUGUUGGCAUCUAAUGGAAGAAAAAGCACCCAUCAGGCCUGCCAUGGUAUCCAGAUUGCCUAAGUUUGGUGGACGCUCCUCGACUGGUGGCGCUAGCCCCUUGUCAAAUGGUUCCAUACAGCCAGCUACCGCUACCCAGGAUGUUAAGACAACUCCUCAAGGAACACACCCAAAUGGCAUAAUCCGUGCCUCUCCGUUUUCCCUGAAAUUGAAGAGAGAGGAGAGGACAACCACUUCUAGCCCCAUCACCCCCACCAGCCCUGGGGAUGGAGGUGAAGACAAGGCUCAGACACAGCUUCCCUCAUUGGCAAAGGAGGUAAAAAACUGCUCUCCAGCGACGCCCAAGAUGCGAAGAUCAGGUUCUUUGAUGGUAGCGGUCUCCAGUCCUAAGGCCAUCCCCAAGCAGUCCUUGAAGAUGAGUCCCAAAGUUGGAACCAAGCUAGGCCAAAGUCCACUGAACGGAGGUCCUAAAAUGGGCCACAAUGGCUCCAGCAUUCCUGCUCAAACAGGAUCAGAGUCUCGCCUUGUGCGGCCGAGGUUAGGAUCUAGCUCUCCCAGAAGCAGCUCUCAAGACAGCCUGUCCCAGUCUAGUGACAGCCUGAAGAACUUGGCACUGGACAACAUGGUGCGUUCAAACAGCUUCACUCAUUUUAAGCAGAUUCCCUCGCCCACCAGCCAGCCCAUGACACGGUCCUUCUCUUUUAACCGAGCUGUGGAGCUAGCUAAGCCCCUGACCAACACUCAGCUCCGGCCACCUCGGAGUAGUUUCCUUAAACCCCCUCAGCUUAGCAAUGGAAGAGUGGGUUUGGGUCUUGGAGGCCUGAAUAGCAGCCUUGGAGGCUCAGGAGGUCUGGGUGGAGGACUUCAGUACAGUAGAACUCCUCCGGCUGCCUCCUCUCUGCCCACCCUCUCGACCCCUUCAGCACCCACUACUCCCAGCUCUCUGAGGAAGCCUCUGCUGCCCAGUUGUGUGCUGACCAAGUCAUUGGGAAACGGUUUAGGCUACAGGCUGCCUCGAUCCAGGCAGGCCAAGCAGCAGAAGACUCUUUUUCCAGGUAGGGUCAAGGGGGAAAUCAGACCUUUGGUUGCCCCUGAAUGUGGAGGCCAUUUAGGAAAAGCAAUAGACUUUGAGCGCACUAGUGAGGCUGACAAAACAGACUCACGGAGUGAAAGUGAUGGAAGCUCUGGAGAUGCAAGAGGAAAAGGAGGAGGGAGUGAUGUGCUUAGGCAGAGCUCUGGCCAGGCAGCAGGCGAGACUCUGGAGGAUAUGUCCUUAUCUUCUGCCUCAUCUCUAGACAGAGUUGACAUUAGUGAAGAGUUUCUAGAUGACUUUGACAGUGUGGGAGAUGUGUUCAGUGAUGGGGACCUACCUGAUAACAGGAAAACUGGCAGCAGUACUCAAACCCGCCUGCACAGCUUUCUCAGUGAGACCCUUGACUGGGAGACUAUGGAUCUGACAGGACAUAAAGAAGAAAGCCCCAUGCAGGACUCCCAAGGACCACUGGUGUCUCCAGAGCGGUGUAAUGUCCUUCAAGCUUCUUCUGUGGAGCUGUCGCCUUCCAACAGCUCUGGUGGAACCUACAUGUGGGAUGAGGAUGUCCUUGAGCCCUUUGUUGGGCCUGGGACACAUCCAUGUGACAGCUAUGAUGACUCAGAGCUCAACAGCAUGGAUAUCCUGAACAACCUGGACCCUCCGGGAACCGGAGAGUUGGACGAUGAUGACCUCAUGCUAGAUAUGGACCUCCCAGAGGAUGGCUUGCAUGACACUGACAGGAUGUCCCACAUUGAGCGCUCAGAGAGGGCUGGUCGGCAGUGGCAGCGACGUAAACACCACCGCUGGAGUGGACCAGAUAACUUCCACAGUGAUAACAGGGCCCAUGUCUUCCAGCACUAUGAUGGUCUGAAGGCUUCAAGGAUCUCUUCACGGCCCGUCCCCACUGAAGACAGACAGCAUCGCUACAUGACGAUGCUGGAUGACCUCACACUCGAACACAUGACCCAAGACUGCAGCUCCCUCAAGAACCAGCUGCUCAGGCUCAAAACGUUACUGCAGCUUGAGGAUACAGACUCUGAAGCAGAUGUUCCUGAGGAGAUUGAAGAUAAUACCACUGCAUCACAGUUGGAGGAGCUGAUUAAGGAAGUGCAGGUGCUCAGAAAGGAGCUGAGGAGUCGAGACAAGACCAUUGCUCAGCUCACAUUACAGUGUCAACAGCUACAACAACAACAUCAGCGGAAAGAAAUGCCUGCUCAAGGACGGCAGUUCAGGUGUCAAUGCCACCACCAGAGGGCUCCCUCUUCACUACGACAGAGUGACAGACAGAUGGACAAAGGGAUGCUGCAUCACUAUGACAAGGCCACGCAGACAUACUGGAGACCCCCGAACCAUGCUCCUCAAAUACUACAGCCUUUCAACCCCUGCCUCAACGUGCACCUCCACCAGGGAAGACCAAUAAAAACUCCCCCCACCGAGGGCCGCAGUGACCUCACAAGGAGAUCAGAGGAAGCAACCAAUAUUGAUGCUGACCGUCCUCUUGAAGACCUUAUGGCAGAUGUGUCUGGGCCAGCAGACCCAGACGAGCUGAGUCAUCUCCUCAGUACCCACCUGCGCCGCUCAGGCUCUGUGGCUCCACAGGGGGUAACUGCCAAAGACAGUCCUGCAUCAGCAACUCAGUCUGCAGCACAGCGUGAGUGGAGAGCCCCCACUGUGAUACUGCAGAACUCUGUCACUACUGGAUCUGCUGGUUCGACUUGCCCUAGCAUGCUGCGGCCACCUCGCCUUCACAAGCGUGUGUCUCUCCCUGCAGUCAAGCCAGGGGGGUCUGGUGGCUUUACCUCCCUGAAGCCAGGGUGUUCCUUAGGACCUCUGGCUAACCAGACCAAGCAGCUUCCCCCUCCGUCUAGAGGCCUUCCCUGCUUUAACGCUGGACCCCAGGUGCAGACUCGAAGUCUAAGUUGCACUUCACUGUUUCAACCUCGCAGAGCACCAGAGCCUUCCAGGGAUCCACAGUACAACAUCUCCAGCCAGGAGCAGCCUGACCAGGCGGCACUCACAGACCCUGGGUCAUCCAAGUUCCUGAACCAUUUGAGUCGCUCAUGCCUCCUCAAGCCAAAGAUUCCCUGAGGAGCUUGAACCUACCCAUCAAACCUUAAAAUUGGAAUUACCGUGACAUCAAUACUCAUCCCCUUCUCUCCCCAGCCAUAAUAACAGUGUGGUUGUUUUACCUUUUGAGUGUCAAAGGAACAUACAUAGACUAUUCAGGGACUGCCUGUGUUUUUGACACUGGUAUUGUGACUGUUGUAUUGUUUCUAACUUAGUGUCUAAAUGUCCAGCUUGACUGAUUGAUUGAAGUAUAGUAGCAGAAGCUUACGUUCACAACAAUCCAUAGUAGCUUAUGACAGAAUUUAUAUUUAGGGGAAUUCAUGGAAGAAGUAAUUUACAAAUGUCCAGUUUACUAGCUCUGCAUGUGCACACGAACGCUGCUGAUGCAAAAAACAAAGCAUGUUACCAUUCAGAGAAGUCAGCUUUUUGUGUUCUUUUGUAAUAUCCGCUGGCUAUUAUCACAUUUUAAAGUCUAAGUUCACUUGUCCUGCCACAGCUGUGCCCUCUGACACACGGGUGCAUUUUGUUUUAAACAUGGAGGUGACGUGAACGUGACCUUUACAGUGUAAUAGAAGGCCCAGGGGAAGAUGGAGGCAAAAACCAAGAACAGUAGAAGUGGAAUGGGGGCUACACACUAAAAAAGCAAGUGCUCUGUAGCUGUCAAGUCCAGAAUAAAAGUGUGUGUGUGUGUGUGUGUGUGUGUGUGUGUGUGUGUGUGUGUGUGUGUGUGUGUUGUGUGUGAGAUGAGAGACAGCACAAAGAGGAAAGCAGCUCCACACUGUAGGUGCAUACAUGUUUCUAAUUUGCUAUGCUUACAUCUGAGUGAACCUUUGAACUCUGGACAUAUUAGCAAAAGGGGUCGCAGACCUUCUGUGUUAAUGCAACUCAGGUGGAGACAUAGGCUAAUAAAACUAAAAAAAUGCAACGCCGGCGGUGAAGAUAUAAGUAGGAUAAACAGUAUGCAAGUGAAGAAUUAGCUUUCAUUAUGUAGGAUUAAAGAGCAGUGUAAUAAAGCACUCACACAUUCACAAAUGUGCCCAGGUACAAUGUAGGCUCGCUUAUAUCCGCAUGCACACACAAAGUAUUCUGACACUCUGAAAAGUGUCAGUUAUUUGUGCAUUUUUUAAGAUAGAAAACAGUGAAGAGUAACAGGAAGUGUGAUGAGAGAGGGGAGACAGCAUGUGACAAAACUAAUUUAAUAUCUUGCAGUCUUAUAAUUCUUAAGACAAACAUAACACGGUUUCCAGACUGCAGUAAAUAAUUGUUGCAAACAUGUUGGGAACUUCUUAAGUGACAAAAAAGAUAAAUCCAAAUGAGCAAUUUGCAUCAUUUGAAGUCAUCACAAUGUGAUGUAAGAAAAUUUAACAAGUCAAACUCACUCUCAUAAUUGAGUACACUGGGGAGUCAAUUAAAUAUCUUGUUAAGAGGGACAUUUUUACAUUGCACAUUGACUUCCUUGAACUAUAUCUUCCUCAAAGACCCACACAUGGAAACAGCUAACAGGCAUUCAUUAGACGUGUGAAGCUGCUGUCUGGUGUGUAUAAUAUGUGUGCGUAGUAGCUCUUGUAGUUUUCCCCCGUCUCCCUCUCCUUCUCGCUCUCCUGCACAUCUCUUUGGGAACAUCAAAGGUAUUAGUGCGGUAUUUUUCAGGUAGGGUAGCCUUCGGGGCUUUAGUGAUGUUUCUGUGGGAGUUUUGGAGAAUUGUGUUUAUCUCUCCUUUGCGCAGCCCUUUUGCAGUCAAAUGCUCCCGAAAUGUCCACGAACAGAGAGCAGCAGUGUGUUAAAAAGGCCUUCUGACAGCGACUCUGCUCUCUUCUCUGUCACGCCGCGUGACCACUUGGUGUACGCCUCUGGCUCUGUCCGGUCUACUGCGUCCAAUAAUGCACCCUACAUAGACAGAGAGAGAGAGACACACACACACACAAACACACACACAUCUCACAUAUACACAUCCGGACACACAAGUUACAUAGACGCACAGGAACUCAAACUCAAAGAGACACGAAACUCUGAGGCAACACACAUCAGUUCACACUUCCCAGUAGCCACACAAGUGCACCUACAUACACACACACACUUUGAAUUCUAUAACAAAGUGCACAGAAUUCAAAGUGAGUUUGUGUUGUUUUGGUAGUUCAUACGAAGUGGGCGCUUCCGAGUGCACAUUAAUCCAUCUCGCUGUAGCCAGAAAAAGAUGGCCGCUUCUACCCUGGAAAUGUGUAGAAGCUGGAAAUAUGGAUCCAUGUGGCUGAUAGAACGUGUUUACCUGUUGGACGGUUCAGCAUUGUGCCAAACCAUCCAAGCAGUCAACGCCGCUUUGUGAUGCCAAGAAAAACCCAUUUGUUUUAAUGAAAACGGAAACGGAGACAGAGGGAUGCUUACAGAGGACGAGGUAGAUGCAUAGUGAGAGACAAUAAGACGGAGCAGGAGGAGAGUGCAAAGAAUAUGAGAUGUAGAGAUGAAAUGGUGAAGGCAACUAUGAUCAGGAUAAGCUGUCGCUGGCAGACUUCUCUGCUUGUGAAUGUUUGUCUAUAAAAUGUCGCAAAGGUGUGUAUAAGAGAGGAAAGGGAGACAGAAUACAUAGUAUGUUUGUUUGCGUGGACUGUGGUCCAGAGAAAAGCCCAAUCCCCAGCUGUGUCACUCACUGCUUAGUAAUGCCAAACAGGAAAUCAAUGUUGCCCACUGUCUGUUUGUGUGUCUGUGUGUAUAUGUGCGUCUCCAGAUACCUCUGGCUGCAAGUGUUUCUCUCUUGGAAGUGUGAGAGAGAGAGAGAGAGAGAGAGAGAGAGAGAGAGAGAGAGAGAGAGAGAGAGAGAUGUGUCUGCCCACAGGCCAAAGGCAAACCCAUGCCAGGGAAAGCAGGGCAGUGCCAUCCUUCUCUCCUUGUGCUGUAUUCCCUAUCUCCAAAUCAAUGUCCCUGCUCAGUUUAGCAGUCAAGCCAAUCAUUCUUGCUAGCUAUGCUAUAAGAAUACCACAAUUGGGCUGAAAACUCUUGGCAGAAACUUGGAUCAAUUCUAAUGCAGACUCUUGAUUCACUUUAUUUUGCGAUGGGACUCACAAAUGAUUAAGCUGCAAUGCACAACAGGAAAAAAGUUACCAAAGGAGCUACUACUACUCUGAAUGGCACAUGACUGUAUUUCAACACUUAAUACACAUCAGUCUAUUUGUGAAGAUGUUUUCUUGCAAUACAAUGAAGAUGCACAUCAACUUGACUUUUAACCAGGUAAUCCACUGAUAUCUAAAACAUAGUUACUGUGCAAAACAACAACAAAAAAGACAGUGACAGUUUCAAGUUUUCGGUUUUACUUUAAAGCUGUUAGAAUCUAUAUGUUUAUAUUAACAAUGGAUGAAAUUACUGUAUUUGUAAAAGUAGUUGCUUGUGACAAACCUGCAGAUAACUGUCACCUGACUCUGUAGCAGUCAAGUCAAAUCCAAAGCUUGAAGCUGUAAAUAUGUCUCUGCCUAUUUGUGGAGUAACUCUUAUACUUGAUUUGUUUACUACAUUUGUUGUCCAAGCAGCAACAUACAUGGUACAGUCCACUGAUGUUUUUUUUGUCUUGUUUGUUUUUUACAGCAGUUUCAAAUCCACCACUCAAGUGUUACAGUUGUCAUUUUCAUCAAAGCUGAAUUUCAACCUAGUAGUUUAAAGUGUUACCAGAUAAAGCACCGUCACUGUUCAUAUUUUCUCCCCAUAAUAUGCAAGGUCACUGUAUUUAUCACUACAUAAUCUCCAGUAUCAGCUGCUUCCAGUUGUUAAGCACGGUCUCCAGUAUACCGUGCAAUAUAGUUUCAAGCGAAAAGAUGAAGGAAUGCUACAUUAUAAUUUUAGCAACCUUUUAUGCAAAUCAAAAAGAUCAGAUUAAGCAUUUUUAAAAUUCUAAUCUGAAGCACUUUAAAUGAUGUUACUUGUUGAUGCUGAAAGAACAUUUGAUUCUACAGUAUCAGUAUUGAUUUCGCAUAUUCUUUCUUCAUUCCCAGAGUGUCUGUUUGCAAAAUGAUGCAAGAUGAAAGAGAAACUUCAUUCUCAGUUUGUUUUCCUUAUUUUCACUGUCUACUGGUUGUAUUUCUGUGGAAAUAAAGUAUGAUUGUGAAACAAG